GGUGUAUGGCAUACAGAUGCAAGACGUGUUGUCCAAGUUGCUAUCAAAAUAAUGGAUAUUAAACAGAUCGGCGAUGAGACAUGCGAUUUCUUGAAUGAAAUUGCCACAAUGCAUCGAUUAAAUCAUCCAGAUAUUGUACGUCUCCUUGGAGUGUGUAUUGAAGUGAAUACAAUUAAGAUU